CACGUGUCAUUUUCUCCAUCGAUCCUUGCUCACAGUAACAUACAAACGAAGUCAAAAGCAGUGACUCUUGCUCCAAAAGCAAAGCAGGUUCCCAAGAAGAUCAAAAUCCGAAAAUGUGCGAUCGAUCUUAAUCGCUUUGUAUUAUUAUUACAUCAUUUCCCAAAAUUCUGGUGAAAUAACAUCCAAAGGUUUGUUCCUUCUUGUUUAAGUUACCUCUCAAGAUCUCCCUCUCUCUUCAAUAAAUUUAGCUGGUUCUUCUGUCUUCUGAACAAGAACAGAGGAGUUUUGUCUCGAUUCCUCUUACUUCUCUCAGAUUCUCUUACAUACAGACAAACACACACACCGACACACGUGUGUAUUUGAUUUCUUCGUCUUGGCUUCUAUCUAUAAAAAAGUGACAAUCUGUUGCUUUAUUUAAUCGUGAGAGAACAGAGCAUACAUCGAAGCUCUGUUUUGUGUUGCAGAAUAUGGAGAGGUAUGAGAUAGUGAAGGAUAUUGGGUCUGGUAAUUUCGGAGUAGCAAAACUUGUUCGCGACAAAUUGUCGAAAGAGCUUUUCGCUGUUAAGUUUAUCGAGAGAGGCCAAAAGAUUGAUGAACAUGUACAAAGAGAAAUCAUGAACCACAGGUCACUCAACCAUCCCAAUAUAAUAAGAUUCAAGGAGGUUUUAUUGACGGCGACACAUUUGGCGAUAGUAAUGGAAUACGCAGCCGGAGGAGAACUCUUCGGGAGAAUCUGCAGUGCCGGAAGAUUCAGCGAAGACGAGGCAAGGUUUUUCUUUCAGCAGCUGAUAUCAGGAGUUAGUUACUGUCAUAGUCUUCAAAUAUGCCAUAGAGAUUUAAAGCUAGAGAACACGCUGUUAGAUGGAAGUGCAGCGCCACGAGUAAAGAUAUGUGAUUUCGGAUACUCGAAAUCAGGAGUUCUUCAUUCGCAGCCAAAGACAACAGUGGGAACACCAGCUUACAUCGCACCAGAGGUGCUCUCGAAAAGAGAAUAUGACGGCAAAAUCGCAGAUGUUUGGUCUUGUGGAGUCACUUUGUAUGUAAUGCUUGUUGGUGCUUAUCCUUUUGAAGAUCCUUCUGAUCCUAAAGAUUUCCGCAAAACCAUCGCUCGUAUUCUGCGAUCUCACUAUUCUAUUCCUGAUUAUGUCCGAGUUUCAGAUGAAUGCACACAUCUUCUCUCUCGUAUUUUCGUCGCUAACCCUGAAAAGAGAAUAACGAUGGAGGAGAUAAAGAAUCAUUCUUGGUUUCUCAAGAACUUGCCGGUGGAGAUGUCGGAAGGAUCAUUGAGGAUGAACGAUCCGUCUCAGACAGAGGAAGAGAUAGUUUGUGUCAUUGAGGAAGCUCGGAAAUCGUUAACCGGACCUUCUGGACUCUCCGGUGCUGGUGGCUCCGGUGGGAGCAGUAGUGGUGCAAUCGGAAGUAGUAUGGAUCUUGACGACUUGGAUUCAGAUUAUGACGAUAUCGACACUGGUGAUUUCGUUUGCUCUUUGUGACCAUUUUUUUCAUUUGCAUUAACACACAAACGUGAUUAUAAUGUUCUUUCGAUCUUUCAUUUUUUUUUCUAUAUAAAUUUUAAACGCAUACACUGAUUAAUAAAUUAGUGUGCUUUAUGUUAAAAGUAUUAUAUAUUGGACAUUUUUUA